CGAUGCAACUUUGUUCUGCUUUUAAAUAGGCUAAACGAUUAUUUUUACUCAAGCUUAGGAUAGGAAUCGUCCGGUAGGGUACCUAUAACAAAGCAUCCCUCCUAUUCUCAUAUUCCUCAGCUAUGGGGAAAAAGUCUCAAAAACAUAUUUCGGUGAUAAACUAUUUGAUAAAGUGAGUUUAUAAUUACUAGGUAAUAAGCCAGUUUCGUGUCAUGUAAUGUAAAAUAAACUGAGUUAGUUAUGUCAUCUGAAAAGGACAAGUGUGUCAAAGAAGGUUAUCUGUGGCUUCCACCUCAAGGAGUUCUUAGUCAGUUGAAGAAAUCAUGGCAGAGAAAAUAUUGUAAAUUGUACAAGGCUAGUAAAUAUGGAAUAGAACGACUAGAAGUGUUUGACAGUGAAGAAGAUGCGAUGAAAACUUCCUUAAUGCCAAUCAUAACAUUGGAAAACUGUAUCAAGAUUACUGAGGACCCUCAAAAACAUAACCAACCACAUGUGUUUUUGGUGGUGACAAAAACCAACAUUCAGCACUUUGCAGCAAACACAGAAGAUGAAAUGUGGCAAUGGGUUACAACUUUGCAAUCUGUCGCAUUCAAAGAUACUGUUUCUCGACAAACUAUUGAAGAGGACAAUGAACUCUACUGUUCUUCUGAAGAUGCUGGCGUGUUCAGUGUGAGGCUUGUAUCCUCUGAUGCAUCAGAACGGUGUGGACUCAUUCCUGGGACGUACACUCUGGUUGUCACUCAGGCCGCUCUACAGCUACGAGACGAGCAAAAGAUACUGUUUACCUGGCCAUACAGGUUCAUCCGGCGCUACGGCUACAAACAUGGAAAGUUUACUUUUGAAGCUGGACGAAAAUGCGAGAGUGGUGAAGGAACUUUUCAUUUAGAACAUUCAAAUCAACAAGAAAUAUUCCGUUGUUUGUCCUCAAAAAUGAAAAAUAUGAAAAAAUUGUUGACGGGAGAAUCUUUGUCUUCACCUUCAAUAGUCUGUGGUGAUAGUCAGUUUCAUGCUGCGUUGGGUAUGAUGGCACGAUCCCGAAGCCCACUUCCCCCCUCUCCUACUAGUUCGACCCCUCUACUAGACACAGAAUUGGGUCCAAUAUCAUCAGUGAAGCCACUGAUGCCUGUUCCAGCAGAACCUCUACCCCGUAACAGUAAACCACCGCCUCCUCUCAAGCCCAAACCUGCAAAACCCCCCAGAAAAAACCUUCCGAACAGGAUAGAUGACCGCGAAGAAAACGUCAGUAAUGACAUUAGAGUCUCACCCGGAGAUACAGACUACGAUGACAUUGAGGUGAGAAACGAUGCUUGGAAAACAAUGGGUGUGGGUGUUUUGCCUCACUCCGAAAGACCUUUCUCACUUCUUCCGCAAGAACCGCACGAUGUACAGAAUAUUGUCAGACACCAUCCCGAAGAACACCACUAUGACAGGUUGCAUCAUUUAGGUCCCACUUCUAAAGUUCACACUAAACCUGGCUACAGACAGAUAACAGGAUUGGUGCCUCCUCCUCCACCAGCUCCCCUACCUCCUCUUGAUAUCAGAGCAGCAGACGACUCUCACCUUGGCUACGGAGUCAUACGCAAGAAAUCUGUACCUGCUCAAGGACCUCCUCAUCAGGUAUACAACGAUUUAGAAUAUGCUAUUGUUUGCAAGUCAAAUAAAACAGUUAUUAUAUAGGGAAGGGGACACAGAUUAAGAGAAACAAAUGAGUCUCUUAUGAAAAAAUUAAAUAAUUGAUCAAACAAGUGUGAUAAUAUUUUAUGGAUAUAACUUAUGGCUAAACUAUAUAAUCAUACUAAGUAAAUAUGUAUAUUCAAUACAGCCUGUUCUAGUUAAAGUUACACUUUUAAGAGCUAUAGAAAAGUAAGCAUUCUGACUCUUAAAUUAAUUUUAAAUAUUGUUGGUCUUGAUGUGAUUGUUAAAAGUGGUAAUUUUUACCUCAUUAUUUAAAAUUACCAGAUAUUUCAAAUCAAUAUUCUUAAACCGCAAAGGUGUUUUCCAGUCUCUUAUUUUUCAAUUUAAGGAAACAUAUCCAAAUGAUUUGAUUACUGCCACUCUAAGAUAAGGGUUUUUCUUGUUGUAUUAGGUUUUCUAUAAAGAUACUGUGUGUCGUUGACAAAAUAUUGUUUGAACAAUUUUAUACUUAUUCUAAGUCUCUAAUAUUUGAAGAUUUUUAAAUACCUUAUUACGUAUAGACUUAAAAAAGUCCAGAUUUCAGGAAUAUUUUUAAAACUUAAAUGCACUCCCAUAUUAUUAAGGUGUUGAAAACAAAGUUAUUUGUCUCAAAAUAUUUAUGGUUAAUAUUUUUCCUGCAAAGGGAAUAAUGAGGCUUUUAUGUUUAAUCAAAACAACUCUCUAGCACAUUCCCCAUUGCAGCAAACAAAACUCUCAUUGAUGCCAUUGUAUAUUGUUCGUAGUCCAAAUUCAAUUAUUUAUAUGUUAAUAAAUUUGGAAAACCUGCAGACUAAGCAAAUUUCCAUUGCCCAGAUAAGAUUAUAGAUUAUACUUAGGUAUAUUUUUUUAUGUCAGAUUUAUUCCCUACUAGCCGCUAUACCCGUGCUUUGCGAUGGGGAAUAGCCGCGGAAGGAAAAGUUUGGUUCCUCAAGUCUACCGUAUGAAAUAGUAAAACAUCUUUAAUCAAUUUUAGAAGCAAAAUCAUUUGCAUCACUUUUGUAAUCUAAAAGUAUAUAUUUUUUUUACUUAGAUAAGUCUGAAAAUUUAUUAGGCUAUUCAGUACAAUAUGAGUAGCGCCAUAGCCUUCUCUAAUACGAGGCCGCGGCGAGACAAAAGUGGCAACACCAAUGUCCCGUCAAACCGAAACCGCUGUUGCACUAAUUUAUAAUGGAUCGAAUAGGAAAUGUUUAUGUUUACACUUGAGUUAUUUCUGUUAUUACCAUGGCAUUAUGUAUGACGUUGCGACAUUGCCACGUACAAACGUCACCGCCUAGUGUGAGAGGAGGCUAUGGUAGCGCUAAUAGACAUAUGAAACUGAGUACUUGAACCUUGAGAAAUGAUGCUUCAAUAAAAGGGUAUUUACUUGAGAACCAACCUAUAUUUAAAUCUGAUGCAUCAGGGUACACAUUGAUGCAGCAAAUGAGUUAGUUGACAUUUUGGUGUAACACAAAAUAGAUAUGUUUUACCUUUUACCGGGAAUCAUAAAUCAUCCCUGAAGCUCAUUAUACAUAUUUUAAGCGAAAACGUUGGAAUUUCUGGUAGUAAUUAAAAAAUUACUUACUGUUAGUGAAAAAUUUGUGUAAUUAAUGUUUCCUAACUUAAAUAAAUAAAUACAUUAUCAGAGUAUCUCUUUGUAAAAAAAAUCUAUAUUUAAAGACUUUAUACAAACGCCUGUAAAGCAGAUUAACAUUGUUAACAAAAAUCUAAAAAUAUCAUUUUAUUAUGUAAACAAUGUAAUUUAUCUACCGUUCCCAAAAAACUCUAUUAUUAAAAUAAUAAUGUUUCAGAGCCUAGGUUGAUACAGCUACGGUUGAGUGAAGAUUUUUAAACAUACGUUUUCAGGAAAAGCACUUUUAAAAUUUUUUGUUCUGUUUUUUGAAACUUUUAUUUUUUCUAAAUUUCAUUAUCAUUUAAAGUUUUAUAAAAUGUCCAUGGUGACGCAAUAUCUGUGGUGAUUUUUUAUUAAUAGAGCAUUGUGAUGGAAAAACACAAAAUUUUGUCACGACCAUCACGGACAUAAAACUGAAUGUUAAAAAUAGUUAAUAUUAUUUUUAUAACUAUGUUUUGAUAUAAAUUAAUUGACUUUUAUGGCCAUUAUACAAUAAACAGCUCACUAAGCUUUUGGUAUAUUUGGUCUUUCUAGAAAAAAAAACUCAAAAAAAACCAAUAAAAUCUUUUUAAGAUUGUAUAACUCUGAAAAAACUUACCUGAGACCCGAAAAAUCAUUAUGUUUUCACAGAGAUGUGCUUCUUUUGUGUAGGAUAAAACAUUGAAAUAUGAUGAUAUUUUAAUUUUUGAAAUUUUUAUGAUAGAAAUCAUAAACGAGUUGGUCCCACAAGCGAUACGGUCGUGAAUUGUCUGGAAUAAUCUAAAUCUUUCUAAACAAUCCUUCAAUUAUACUGUUAGUUAUAAUAAAAAUAUGUGUUUCAAUUUAACUAAACUGUUCAAUUUACAAUGAUAUUUAAGUUAUUGUCACGACCAAACACAGUAUAAUCCAUAAGGCUGGAUAGGUCGUGAAAAAACCCGCGAUGGUCGUGAAACUUUGGUCGUGACAUUACGUGUUAUUUGGCUCUGUUCUGGCGGUAGCCCUGCACCUCAUGUUCGAGGAUACAAAGUGGAUUUCUAGGUUAAUCUAGCAAUUGAAAUAUCUUAAAAACUAAAAUUAACGCCAUGUCUACUUCAUCGAAUGACUACGUACGGUCAUGGACACACCAAAAUUACAAAAAACACAAACUUGCCUUUAUUAGUCUUUUAAUUCCUCCUUUCAACUCGAAACGACCGGCACUACAAUCCUGAUGUACACCCCGAACUAGUCUCUAAAACCAACUGACUCCAUCGACGCCAGGCUUGCCACUGUCGUGCUCCAAAGUUGCCAAUUUUUCCCUAAUGGUCGUGACGUCAAAUCGAGGGACAGACCUAUUUAGUCAUGGUAGUCAGUUUACAAUGAAAACAAAAUUAUCAGAUGCUCCUUUUUCGUAAGUUUAAUAACUAAUGAUGUAAUAAAAAUAUGACAUUAUAUAUUUCGGCAUGAAUAAUUAUUCUAAAAACGGCAUGAAAGUUGCAACCCUAAGGACACGUGACGGUCGUGAGUUUCGAGACUUUAAAAAUACAAAAAAAAUACCUAGAACCUAUUUAAAGCCAAAUAAUUGUGUGUAACAUGUUGCCCCCGUCCCAAAAAAUAUUGAAACACAUAAUGAUAAACUACAUAUUCAGUAUCUACGAAGUAAAAGGCCAGGGACAUAAAAACGUACGUUUCAAAAUUUUCACUUGGUUACAGAAUCUUACUUAUUUCUCAAAUCAUAGACACAAUCCUAAAAUAAAUUAACCCAUCACAUGGUUCGGUUGUACAAUAUAUUAUGAUUAACCAGCUGUUUCCUUAGUUACUAUACUCUGUCUGAAUUUAAUGUGCGGUUGAAGGACAAAUUUGUUUUUCCCUGCUUUCUCCCUGGCCCCUGCCACCACAACAUAUUACCCUACAGCUGAUUCAUACUGUUUAUAAUUUUAUAACAGUUGUCACUUUGUUUACAUUUUAGUUGUAAACAACAUUGUGAUUAUUCUGAUAGUAUUUUGUGCAGUUUAAUAUUAUUCAGACUGUGUAAUAUUAUUACUUGAUUAGUGUUAAUUAGAAAUGGCCAAAAGGUGCCAAGACAUUACAAUUCAAACUAAAAACACAAUUUUUAGUGUGUACAAUUAUUUAAAACAGCUUGUAACCAGCAAACCAAAUGCGACAGUGAGGGAAGUGUUCAAUCAAACCCAAAAGGCUACAGCAGAAGCUUGUUCUGUUUCUCUUCAAACAGUUCAAAACAUAACGGGAGAAGAAACAAAUCCAUUGCAGCACAUAAUAUGGACUCCGAAGAUUGUAAUAAAGAAAAUAUAUCAAAAGAAGCAACAUUUUCUUCAUCUCAAAGGAAAAUAUCCCACAAAAAGUGGAUAACUGAUCUAGACCAAUUCGACAAGGACGUAGUCCGAAGAACUGUUUUUGAUUUCUACGAAAGAGGAGAGUACCCGACCUGCAGGAAG